GAUGUACUAAUACACAACAAAUCACAGUUCUAGAGAGUGCGGAGCAAAUGAGUUCUUACUUUGUGAAUAGCACUUUUGCUGGGAGCCUGCCCAAUGGCCAGGAUUCGUUUGUGGGUCAGAUCCCCCUCUACUCAUCUAGUUAUGAAGCUUUGAGACAUUUUCCAGGUUCUUAUGGGACAUCUUCCCUGCAGGAUAAAGCCUACCCCUCACCUUGCUUUUAUCAGCAAUCUAGCACAGUCAUUGCCUGCAAUGGAAACUCCUAUGACUAUGGCACCUCUUCUUUCUAUACGGACAAGGAGAGCUCUGACAGCCCUAACCCCUAUGGGGCCAAGCAGAGGGCUCAUGCUGGGGAAUUUCUCAAUUUUUCUGCAGAUCAGCAGUACAAAUGCGCCAAUGUACAAAGCAAGAUGCUCCAUGAGGAUGCCAGUGACCGGAAGUAUAGUAGCCCUGUGUACCCCUGGAUGCAGAGAGUGAACUCCUGUGCAGGAACUAUGUAUGGGAACCACGGCAGGAGAGGAAGACAGACUUAUACCAGAUAUCAAACUCUAGAAUUGGAAAAAGAAUUUCAUUUUAAUAGGUACCUGACUAGGAGAAGGAGGAUUGAGAUUGCAAAUGCACUCUGCUUAACAGAACGACAGAUUAAAAUAUGGUUUCAAAACAGGAGAAUGAAAUGGAAAAAAGAAAGCAAACUUAUAAAUUCAACCGAACCCAACAAUGACACAGGAGAGGAAAAAACAGGAGAGCACAGUAACACUUAAUAUCAGCCAGCAGGCCUCCCAGUAUUUGAUCUAAAUGCUGUACCCUGAUGUUCUGUGCCCCCCCCCCCCCCCCCCCCCAUCUUGUAAAUUAAAAUCCCAGAAGAAUAAGACUCACCUUAUUUCACACCCAGCUGUAAAUGUAGGACUCCUCUGGUAGCUUAAGCAUGUAUAUGAUUUUAAUUUAAAUUGUAUAAAGUUAAAAAAAAAAGCA